AUGCAUGCACUCGCAGGCGUGCGGAAACGAAAAGGCCCAGGGUGUAUCAACCUCGGCGUCAUCCUCCUUCUCUUUGCCUCACUCGCUCGGGGCGACGAGGACCAUUCAGAUGUGACGGUGACGACCAGCAUGGUCUUGACCAAGACCAUCACCACGCAUCUCGGAACAAGACCUACCCAGCCAGCAAACCAUGUCGGGUAUGGCCUCCAGGGUUGUUACAGAAGACCAGACGGUGACGGAGAAGUCGGGCUCGAGGUGAAUAUGCCUCUGAGCAACGAAGAAGCCAAUGUGUUGACCACGAGUAUAUGUCUCGAGGCGUGUGUCAGGGCCAGCUUGGGGAGAGGAGCGGUGGAUACCUACAGCUUUGUUGCCGUCGGGGAGGGACGGGAAUGCUACUGCGCAACGAACCUUUCCCCCGAGGCCACAUCUGUCGGAUCCGGCAACUGCUCAACCCCAUGCGCAGGGGACAAGAAAACUGCGUGCGGUGGUCUGGACCACAUCUCGGUGUACUCGCUCGUGGACGCCUCUGCGGCGCAACGCUAUGCAGCCCAGGGUAUGGGCACCGGCGACCCCGGAACCCCCGCGUUCCUGAGUAGCAGUAAGAACGGGGGCAAGGCUGCAGCCGUCGCGAUGGGCUCACUUGCUGGCUGUGCCACCUUUGGGCUGCUGGUAUUUCUGGGAUGCAAGCUCUACAGACGUCACAACGACCUCACAUCUGGUCGGCGCCGUUCACGGAUGGCCACAGAAACGGAACAGAAAGACAAGCAAAGGAAGGAUGAUGACGGGGUCUUGGUCAUCAAGGCCCCCGAGCCCGACGAGACAUGGUCCAGCCUGCAGAGAUCAAGACCUCCUCCGCCCCUGCCGCCCUUGGCCAGCCUCGGCGACCACGGCGGACAGCACGCCGGGAGACGGGAGGAGAUUAUGCGCGUGCAGUUCGUCCACAGCCUGCACCCGAGAAGCGAGCAGGGCUCGGCGGGAGGGAGCACCGCCUACCAGCAGCCUUCGGCGAUGGUGCCGGCGUCUCCGCUCUCGCCGGCCGACGAUGGACUGCGUCAGAGGCGGCGGUCGAGCAGCAAGCCCGUCGACUGGGCCCGGUUCGACGCCGUCAUCCCCAACGGUCAGUUCUCGCCCGCCACGUCGCCGACCAAGGACCGCUUCUUCAACGAAAGGCCGCGCCGUGCCUCGAUGACUGUGUACUGCAACAACCACGGUGCCGGUUCUGCGACGUACCCGUCCUCUUCUUCCGACUCCAUCGAAGCAACCUCUGCUACGCACCCAUCGAACGGUCGGAACAACGUGAGUGACAACGCCGAACCUUCUGCAGACAAUGCCCCUGUCCAUCCCUACCGUCCAGAAAAUGUCCGCGUCAGCGCGUGGUCAGCGUCGACGGCAGAGCCGAGCCCUCAGUCCACCACGACGGUCGGCAGCAGCAUCCUCGACGUGUCGCUGUCAUCGCCAUCCACAUCCAGGCUGAACCACAGCCAGAUGGCCACACCAGCCCCCGCCGCCACGGGUGGGCUGGGCGAGCGGGCCUGGAGCCGGCGGCGCCUGAGCACACCUUUUCCUCCACCGGGCGGCGGCAGUCCGGCAUCGAGCCACAGCAGCGGUUCGUCGCGGAGGUCCAGCCUCGCCGACAUUGUGGGUGACUACCACGGCGUCCGGGUCGGACGAGUCGAGCAGCUGCGAGAGAAGGAGGAGGAGAAGGAGCAAAAGCAGCAGCCUAGGGACGACCUCAUGCCGUCGCCGCUGCACGUCGUCAAGUGGAAGAAGAGCUUUGCCGACAUGCGACGGGCCGGCGGUGCUGCUCACGAGGGAGACGACGGUGUUGAUGGCUCGCCCGUCCUGUCCGUCUGGGACAUUGCACGCACGACGCCAAAGGUGGAGGAGCUCUCGCCAAGGGAGUCGUCCAAGGGCAAGUUUGAAGAAGGGAUGCCGGAGUCGCCGAUGUCGAGUAAGGGAACCAAUGGCUUUGAUAAGGGAGAUGGUGAGCAAGACAAGUCUCAGGGGCGUGCGCAUAUUGGACAGGAUGGAAGCAAGGCGGCGUCGGUGGCUGACGAGCUGCUGAUCAUUUUGCCGGCGACAACAUAUGAUGGUGGGAAAGCGUUGGCUGCUGCUAGGAACAAGAAGAUGGUUUAG